AAGAGGCGGGUAACAUUUGCCCCAGGCACUCUUUUCGAACCAGGACGUGUAUGUAAUGAGUUCUGGAGGUUUGGACCGUUAUACAAAGCGGGGAAGCAUGCACAUGUUAGGAGCGGGGGAUGGCUUGAUACUAGUUUCAAGUCGGACGCGUUUGAGGUGAUGCUCAAUCUCAAGAUCUACGCAACAUAUACUGUCGACAGCAUGGCCGAACUGAACGACAUCCAUGAUGAGUUUGUGACGUACAUGCGCGAAGGCAAGCCGGUGUCUCCGGGAAAACGCAGCACACUUCGAGACCACGAACUCUGCUACGAGGUAAUGGAUGAGUAUGGAGAGUAUCUUAGACGCUGUAAUGCUAGUGGUUCGACCCUGGCUGAAGACGAGCUAGCCGAGGCAAAAGUCUUGGUUGUCUACCAGGGCCAAAACGGCGGACUCGUUGGUUUCCAGUUUCUUAAAGACACGUGGGACGAUGCGGAGGCUGCGGAGUACCUGGAGCAGUUGAAAGAUGAGAUCCCUCCAGAAAAUCAAGGUCAA